GCAGUCGCUUUGACUGGCAGUGGCAGACGCUUUCAACUCCCCUUCCCUGCGCCGACCCCCAAACUCUCCAAACCCUCCAAAACCCAAACCCCCGCGGCCCCAAAAUACCAAAGCCAGCAGAAGGGAUGCAGCAGCCGAUGCCCAUGCAGCCGCAGGCGCCGGCGAUGACCCCGGCCGCCGGAAUCACCACGGAGCAGAUCCAAAAGUAUCUGGAUGAGAAUAAGCAGCUUAUUUUGGCUAUUUUGGAAAAUCAGAACCUAGGAAAAUUGGCAGAAUGUGCUCAGUAUCAAUCACAACUUCAGAAGAACCUCUUGUAUCUCGCUGCAAUCGCAGAUGCCCAACCACAGACUGCUGUAAGCCGCCCUCAGAUGGCGCCGCCUGGUGCAUUGCCUGGAGUAGGGCAGUACAUGUCACAGGUGCCUAUGUUCCCACCAAGGACACCUCUCACACCCCAACAGAUGCAGGAGCAGCAACUUCAGCAGCAGCAGGCUCAGUUGCUAAAUUUCAGUGGCCAGAUGGUUGCUAGACCUGGCAUGGUCAACGGCAUGCCUCAGUCCAUUCAAGCUCAACAAGCUCAGCCAUCACCAGCAUUGAACAAACAGGAUGCUGGUGGAGUCGCCUCAGAGCCCUCGGGCACUGAGAGCCACAGGAGCACUGGUGGUGAUAAUGAUGGUGGAAGCGACUAGGCCAACAAGUCCUGAUAAUUUACAAGCUAGCCUUUUAGGUCGCAAAAGAUGCAUGUAUACUACCGAUGAUGAAGAGAGGAUCAUUCCUGUGCCCUUCAAUGAUAAGUGGCCGUGAUCUUCGCGUGGAUGAUGAUCAGUAGCUGUCACAUUUUACCUUUGUUGUCAGUCUGUAGAACAGACUUAGAUUAUUGUGACUUUUAUUUGCUUGCUGUUUUCCAUACUGUACUUUUGUAGGCCCGAAGCCAUAUGCUAGUUUAUGGUUUCAGGAGCUGGAUUCAGUUACGAGUUGUGAUGGCAAAACUUUCAACUCUUAAGGUAGCUGGAUUCAUUUGUGAAUUGUGUUAGAGCUGAAUGUCAUAUGAAGUCAUAUAGCCUCCAAGAACUUA